CGCGGCAGCGGAGUUGCGCGCAACCGCCUACGACUUGCCUACCUACCAUCAUCAUCAUAAUCAUCAUCAAAUGACAACAACAACGUCAUCGACAUAAUCAUGAUAAUCAUCAUCAUCCACCUUCCGGAAUUAAAGUGAAUGCACCCAUUUCGAUUGUGCAUCUGCAGUGUCCUCCGCUCGCAUCGAAAUAGAGGCGAUCAUCGGAAGGGCGUCCUCCCACCUCCAUCAGCCGCCUUCAAACCGCCUCCACCGAAUCCACGGAGGCCGAAGCCAAAGUCGCCUUGCAGUUUAAAGUUUAAAUAAUAAGGGUACGCCCAGCGGACGACGGGAUCCGCGCAUGUGUGUCGCGCUGCUAUAUUCGUUUCGCCAAGGCUCCGCUAACACUUGCUGUUGCUGUUGUUCCUACAGUGAAAUGAGAUCGGAGAAGAAAGAGCGCUCAAUACAUUCCAGAUCGUUACUUCGCUCUCUUCCUGAAAUACGGCAUACGGCACACGCACCUCAUCAACAACAUCAUCAUCAUCAUCGAUACGAGCGCACCUGAGUACAUUACUGCGUCGACAUUCGAUCGUCGUUUUUGCGGAGGUCAGUGCCUGGUCACCUGGUUCGCGUCACCGAAGUGCUCCAACUCCACGGCGACGACGACCAUCACCAAAUCCAGCUAGUGUUUCAUUCCGAAGAAGACACCAUGGCCGACGAUGAGCAAAUGGACGAGACCACCGCAGAUUUCAAAGCCGGCUUCAAGUCGCGCGGCAGAAAAGGUGCCCUCAAGAAGAAGAACGUCUACAAUGUGAAGGAUCACAAGUUCAUGCCCAGAUUCUUCAAGCAGCCAACCUUCUGCUCUCACUGCAAGGAUUUCAUCUGGGGUUUUGGAAAGCAAGGAUACCAGUGUCAAGUUUGCAGUUUCGUUGUUCACAAGCGUUGCCAUGAGUACGUUACGUUCACUUGUCCCGGCGCUGACAAAGGAGCCGACUCCGAUGACACCCGCACCAAACACAAUUUUAAAUCCCACACGUACGGAUCGCCGACGUUCUGCGACCAUUGCGGAUCCCUGCUUUACGGCGUUCUGCAUCAAGGAAGGAAAUGCACAGCUUGCGAUAUGAAUGUUCAUAAGCGAUGCGAGGAAACAGUACCUAAUCUAUGCGGAUGCGAUCAUACGGAGCGCAGGGGACGCAUGCAAUUGAAAAUUUCGUGCACCGGAAGCAAACUGACCGUCGAAGUUUGCCAGGGCAGAAAUCUGAUCCCGAUGGAUCCGAACGGUUCCAGCGAUCCGUACGUCAAGCUAAAACUGAUCCCCGAUUCCGACAACGUCAAGAAGAAAACGAAGACGAUCCGCUCCUCGCUGAACCCGGUCUGGAACGAAACGCUAGUGUUCGAUUUGAAGGCCGAGGACAAAGACCGGAGGCUGCUCAUCGAGAUCUGGGAUUGGGACAGGACAUCGCGUAAUGACUUCAUGGGAUCUCUGUCCUUCGGCAUUUCUGAACUGCUGAAAGCUCCUGCCGAUGGAUGGUUUAAGUUGUUGACGCAGGAGGAGGGCGAAUUCUACAAUGUUCCCGUUCCGGAGGAGGGCGUAGAUUUAGCACAAAUAAAAACCGCAAUGCGGGUAAAUUUCACCGACAUUUUUCGUCGUUCUCCACCCGGUAUGAUUUGUUUUCUUUUGUUGCAGAAGACAUCCAUAUCGAAGAAGCCUUCGAUCACCGUGGACAAAGACGUUCCGCAUAAUAUGGGCAAGAAGGACGUCAUUAGGGCCACGGACUUUAACUUCUUGAUGGUCCUCGGAAAGGGCUCUUUCGGAAAAGUGAUGCUGGCAGAGCGGAAAGGAACGGACGAGCUGUACGCAAUAAAAAUCCUAAAGAAGGAUAUCAUAAUACAAGACGACGACGUGGAGUGCACCAUGGUUGAGAAACGGGUUUUGGCUCUCUCGAAUAAACCACCUUUCCUGGUGCAACUGCACUCGUGUUUCCAAACAAUGGAUCGUCUUUAUUUCGUCAUGGAAUACGUGAACGGCGGAGAUCUCAUGUUCCAAAUCCAGCAGUGCGGCAAGUUUAAAGAACCUGUUGCUGUCUUUUACUCGGCCGAAAUCGCCAUAGGUCUGUUCUAUUUGCAUACAAGAGGCAUAGUCUACAGAGAUCUCAAAUUAGACAAUGUGCUGUUGGAUCAAGACGGUCACAUAAAGAUUGCUGAUUUCGGUAUGUGUAAAGAGGGUAUUACAGGCGACAAAACUACAAAAACAUUUUGUGGAACGCCUGAUUACAUAGCACCUGAGAUCAUCUUGUACCAGCCGUACGGAAAGUCGGUGGAUUGGUGGGCUUACGGUGUUCUGCUGUAUGAAAUGUUGGUCGGACAGCCGCCUUUCGAUGGCGAAGAUGAGGAAGAAUUGUUCGCAGCGAUUACAGAUCAUAACGUCAGUUAUCCCAAGGGUUUGUCAAAGGAAGCAAAAGAUGUCUGCAAAGGCUUAUUAACAAAGAAUCCCACUAAGCGUUUGGGGUGCGGAGGUCACGGUGAAGAGGACGUGCGAGGUCACGCGUUCUUCAGAAGAAUCGAUUGGGCGAAAAUAGAGAAUCGCGAGGUUCAGCCACCAUUCAAACCGAAGAUCAAACAUCGCAAAGACGUGAGCAACUUCGACAAGCAGUUCACAUCCGAAAAGACGGACCUGACGCCCACAGAUAAACUGUUCAUGAUGAAUUUAGAUCAAACCGAAUUCAUGGGCUUCUCAUUUCUCAACCCGGAAUUCAUCCAACACAUCUAAAAGGACUCUCUCCCAACCAACACACUACACAUUACUACUGUUUUAUUAUAUAUUAUUAUUUUU